AUGAGUAAGGACUUGGGUAAUCUCUCAGCCCAUAAUACUUUGGACCCAGGUCCAACCACCAGCCCUGGAGAACCUACACAAGGGCAGUGGGAAACUGUUCACUUCUCUGGGAAGUACCAGGCUCUUGGAGAAGGAGGUGGGCACUUCUUCACAGAGUGCCCUUCAGGCCAGCACAUGGGUGGUAUCCAGGUCCUGCCAGGGGAAAGUGCCUCUUACAAGAACUCCUGGAACCAGGCCGUGAAGGUUUUGUAUGAGGCAGUGUCCUCAGGUCCUGGAGCAGAGGAGGCCCAGGCAGUAUUUGGAGUCAUGAGCCAAUUCCAUGAGGGCUUCAGCAACCAGGAAAAUGAGGAUUUUAGAAACUUCCAGGCCUUUCCAGGCACUGAGUCUUUGAUUAGUGAUGUCAUAGAUGAUAAGGUUGUUGAUUACAACAACCUUAUCUUACCCCUCAAGUAUCAAAUGACUGAGCCUGUGACCAAUGCAGAAAUGCUCAAUAGUGUCAUCAACUUCCCCAUGAUCUUCAGCAAAGCCUCUGAGUGCAUGCAGCUGGUCUUUGGCAUUGACAUAGAAAUAGACCCCUCUAGUCAUUCCUAUGUUCUUGUCAUUGCCCUGGAUCUUAUCUAUGAUGGAAUGCUAAGUGAUGAACAGAGCAUGCCCAAAACUGGUCUCCUGAUAAAUAUUCUGAUUGUGAUCUUUCUGGAUGGUAGCUGCACCCCUGAAGAGGUUGUCUGGGAAGUGCUGAGUGUGAUGGGUAUACAUGCUUGGAGGGAACACUUUAUCUAUGGGGAACCUAGAAAACACAUCUCUGAAGAUUUGGUGGAGAAACAGUACCUGGAGUAUCUCCAGGUGCCCAGCAGUGAUCCUGUUUGGUAUGAGUUCCUGUUGGGUCGAAGGGCUCAUGCUGUAACUAGCAAGGUGAAAGUCCUAUAGUUUUGGACCAAGGUCAAUGAUACUCCUCCCAAUGCUUUUUCUAUCUGGUAUGAGGAGGCUUUUUAAGAGAUGAAGAGGAAGCCCAAGGCAGAGUUGCAUCCAGGUGUAGUGGAGUGGUCAGGGCCAAGGCAUAUUCUAAGUUCACAUUCAGUAUCUUAUCUUGUCCCAAAUGAAGUCCGAGGCAGACACUUUACUCUGUGUUUGAAGAUAGCAGUCACUUUUUUAAGUAGUGCAAAGGCAGAAUGGGGCUUGAGUGAAUUUAGUAUAUAACAAGUGGCUUUCCUAGUCUGUAUUGGUGAA